CAUUGCGUCUCACUAUCACAUCCCAACAGGGGGAGGCUGCUGCUCUCUGCUCAUUCUCCUGCUCAGCUGAGCUCUGGCUACUAGCAAUGGCCGUGUUGCUGCUACUGCUGCUGCCCAGGGAGGCUGAUGAUGUGUCCCCUGCCCGCUGGCUGCAACAAACAGCUCUCAGGUUUCUGCUGAGCCUGCAACGUCAAUAAAUGGCCAGAGUUUGCUUUUUACUCUUAAUGUAUUCAGCCUUCCUCCCAAUGCCACACUCAUCACUGCUCUAGAGGGGGGUUUUGACUUCAGCUCCUGGAAUGCAGCUCCCUGGGAUCGGGCAGCGCCACUCACUGCAUUUCCCCGCCCGCUGCAGCCCGACAAGAAGAUGGAACCGGCGCAGCGUCCCCUGUUAUCCCUCUGAGCAUCGGCAGCAUCAGCAGCAUCAGCAGCUCAUUAACUACAAUCGCUCCCCAUAGCAGCAUGCCGUAUGAAUAUUUCAGCAGGACUUAAUGCUCGCUCUCCUGUAAACCGAGUCUGUGUUAAAAGGGGCGCAAAAAAGGGUGUUGUGCAUGCGCCUUCCUGAUGCCGCAAGGCUUGACGCAUCAGUAGCAGUUCCCUGAGCGAUUUCAUCCUGCUCCACGGCACGGAAGCACUCUUCUACCGCACAGGCGUCUUCCACUGGUUCACCCAACACUGACAACAAGCAGUAGGGGAAGGCAGGAGAAAAAGUGCUGAGUUGGCAAAGACCCUGUAGCUUCCAUCCUACAGCACUGACUGCAUGGCUGGGGGACUGUGACAGAGCAGCAAUGAGACAUUCUCACAGUAGGACUGACCAGCAGGAGUAAAGGAAUACAAAUUAGGCACACAAAGUGGUGGAGGGGGGGUCCCUCUUAAGAUUUCUGAGAAGCAGAGGGGGACACUGGCUGCGUUGGGUCUUAAGAUAGUCAACCGCCUCCCCGACGUCAACGACAGAUAAGCCAUUCCUCAAAGGAUUUGUUGUUUUGGGGGGGUGGGCUUUAAAACAGUGGGUUUCUCUAAGAAGAAGGGGUACUGGAACAGCAAAGUGAUUACCUAUAACAGCUCCUCCUUCCCCCCUCCCCUCUGGAAAAAUGACCGUGAUAGCAGGGGAAAAUAUGGACGAGACAUCAGUCUUGCCCGGUCACCCUCAGGACAGCUACCAUCCAGACCAAGAUGACCACGAAUGCUGUGAGAGGGUAGUCAUAAACGUGGCUGGGCUGCGCUUUGAGACGCAGCUUAAGACUCUUUCUCAGUUCCCCAACACUCUGCUAGGGAACCCCAAAAAACGGAUGCGGUACUUUGACCCCCUGAGGAAUGAGUACUUCUUUGACCGCAACCGCCCAAGUUUUGAUGCCAUUUUAUAUUACUACCAGUCUGGGGGUAGACUCCGGAGACCGGUCAAUGUUCCACUGGACAUGUUCUCUGAGGAAAUCAAGUUUUAUGAGCUAGGGGAAGAGGCCAUGGAAAAAUUUAGGGAGGAUGAGGGUUUCAUAAGGGAAGAGGAACGCCCUCUGCCAGAAAAAGAGUUCCAACGUCAGAUAUGGCUCUUGUUUGAGUUCCCCGAAAGCUCGGGGUCGGCCAGGAUCAUUGCCAUAAUAUCUGUGAUGGUCAUCCUUAUAUCAAUUGUUAUUUUCUGCUUGGAGACUUUACCAGAAUUAAAGGAUGAGCGGAUCUUUAGUCGACGGGUGAACAACAGCACAGUUUUCUACAAGUCCAACAUCUUCACGGAUCCAUUCUUUGUGGUGGAGACCCUCUGCAUCAUCUGGUUUUCUUUUGAAUUGGUGGUGAGGUUCUUUGCAUGUCCCAGCAAACCGGAAUUCUUUAAGAACAUUAUGAACUUCAUUGACAUUGUGGCCAUCAUCCCUUACUUUAUCACCCUGGGGACUGAAAUGGCAGAGCAAGAAGGUCCCCAAAAAGGGGAACAGGCAACAUCUUUGGCAAUCCUGAGGGUCAUCAGACUGGUAAGAGUGUUUAGAAUCUUCAAACUCUCCAGACAUUCUAAGGGCCUCCAGAUUUUGGGACAGACCUUGAAAGCUAGCAUGAGAGAAUUAGGGUUGCUAAUUUUUUUUCUAUUCAUUGGGGUCAUCUUAUUCUCCAGUGCAGUAUACUUUGCUGAAGCUGAAGAGCAUGGCUCUCAUUUUACAAGUAUCCCUGAUGCUUUCUGGUGGGCGGUGGUAUCCAUGACCACUGUGGGCUAUGGUGACAUGUACCCUGUGACAAUUGGAGGCAAAAUCGUGGGCUCCUUGUGUGCCAUCGCUGGUGUGCUGACAAUUGCCCUGCCUGUACCUGUCAUUGUGUCCAACUUCAACUACUUCUACCACCGAGAAACUGAAGGGGAGGAACAGGCUCAGUUACUCAAUGUUAGCACCCCCAAUUUAGCCUCUAACAGUGAUCUGAGUCGACGCAGCUCCUCCACAAUGAGCAAAUCUGAGUACAUGGAGAUUGAAGAGGAUCUGAAUAAUAGCAUAGAUAACUUUAGAGAGGCAAAUAUCAGAACUGGCAACUGCACCAUAGCCAAUCAGAACUGUGUUAACAAAAGCAAGCUGCUAACAGAUGUGUAGAGCACACUCCCAUUACAGAAUGAUCAUGACCACUUUCCUCUUUGCAGGGCCACCCUCAACGUAACCUUCAAAAAUACUGAGGCCUAGUAAAAGUGAGGGGAGCAGCCCCCCCCAAAAGACAUGCCGAUUUCAUAUUCAGGGCUACUCAUUUUAUUGGGUCCCACCUUCCCACUGGCCCUUCUUACAGUAGAUGCUUUAAACAAAUAGUCUUGAAUGCUUUAUUUCGCCAUCGCUAAUGCAUUGUUGCAUUGCGAGUUUACGCUCAGUGAACACAAAAGCUUUCAGGAUUUGUUAAGAAAAUGUAAUUUAUUUUUAAAUGGAAAUUUCUUUUUCUAAACUGGUCUGUGGGAAAUAAACCACAUCCCACACCCAAACCAGUUAUACUAGGGAAAGAAUUAAAUGCAACUUGAACAGCAAGUUAAAAAAAAAAAUCCCUUUGCCUGUUAAUGUUAAAUUCCAAACAACCAUCACAGAGAAAAUAAAAAUUAACAGAUAUGCAUGGAGUUCUAUUAGAUGUCAGCCAACCACGCAAUGCAUCCGAGGAAGUACUUGUCAAUCAAAGGGUUAAGAUGAAGUAUGCAAACACUUGCUGGUUUUUUUUUUUGUUGUUGUUAUUGAUCUGAAGAAGUGUAUAACUUUCCAGUGAAUGACUAUGCACUUAACGAUGACCUACAGAUCCAUAAAAGCACCUUAUGAACCAAUUCAUGACUUUGCUACAUCCUAAAAGUAGAGGGACUAAAAAAUUUAAAUACUUAAAAAAAAAACACAAAGGACGAACAUCUGCCUUGCUGCUAAAUACUUUGUUUUUUUUUGUUUUUUUUUAAAUGCAGAUGGAUUUGACUUAAAAUGUAUUUUUUUCACAAGUUGGAUGCAAAAUCUUUUUUUUUUUGUCAUAAGCAUGAUUUUUUCGAAUUUGAAAUCAACUGUAUUUAUUUGGUAAUCUUGCAUGCCUGAAAUGUUAAACCUCAUACGAUAGGGGGUUGAUAAGUUUUCUUUAACCCUUUUGCCACUAGAAAGAGAGGCUGUGGCCAAAAUGGCGACGUGGGGGGGCAGCCUCCCAUUCAACGCAAAGCAUUGACAUACAUCAUGUUUAUUUAUGAUUUCCUUUUUCUUUUUAAUUUGCAUUCACCUAAAGUGCAUUCCUAAUUUAUUGAAAACCUUUUUAGUACUUUACAGAACUGUAUGUAAAUGCGUAUGACUAUGUUAGAUGAACUGGAACAAUAACUUUUUGAAGAUCAAGCAUGUUCAAAUACCCAGCAUUAUGGGGCCUAUUCGACUAAGGUGUAACCAGAAGUAAUGCAUGAUAUCAGUAUUAAAAGAUCUUCAUGUUUUGGGGAGCCAGGUGGAAUUAAAGGGCCUACUGAUUUUCCCGCAGUAAUCCUCAGGGAAAUAUGUUAUCCACUUUCAAGGCAUAGUUCUAAAGUAUAUAAAUAGACACUUAUAAAUAUAUAUAUAAGUAAUUAAACUUAAAAGGGAACCGUAUGGCCUCUAUAUAAGUCAACUGAACAGCACAUAGUGAUACCUAAGACAAUGUAUAGGUUUUCUGAACAUGGUGCAUGAUUAGGGUUGCAGUAUUAGAAUGUAAUGAUCCCUUAACAAUAUGCAUCAACUGCAGACCAUCUGUUUUGCAUCCUCUAUUUGAGAUCCAUAGGGUUUUGCACUGCUCUAUACUUUACUAAAAAAAGGAAAAAGACAAAAAAUAAAUAAAUAAAAGAAUCUGGAGAGCAGAGUGAUUUAGAUAGUUGCUAGUGCCUUUAUCGUUUCAUUGCAAAAUUGCUGAAAGUGCCUCUGUGAACAGAGUUAAAAUGUAUAGCAAUUUAAUAGGAAAGGGUCAAGUGGGGUUUAUAUCAUUGUUAAUUCUCAAUGGGUGCUCAGAACUUAUGUAUCAAAUAGCGUGUAGAUUGGAAGCCAGUCUUCUCAAACAUUUCUUUCUAGCUAAAAAUUUGUAUUGGGGAGGUCCUAAAUUAACACCCGUUCUAUACUGAUCAUUUGCUGGAAUGAGACACAGAUGGGUUUGCACUUAAGUCCCUAGUUCUUGAGUUCUUGCAAGUAUUGAGUACAGCUUCUUCCCUGCAAGUUGGCACUAUGAUGAUCAAUUAAAAUGUAUGCAAUGCUGCAACUCUAAUUGAUUUAUAUGCAAAAAAAAAAAAAGAUAAAAAGGUUUAAAAAAAUUAACUUGGGCAUUUUGUUUUUGUAGCCAGUAAAAUUGACUCAGGAUGAUGUCUUUAUAUGAACAGUGUACUCAUAAGUGGUGCAUUGAAUGUUUAUUCCUUUCUCCUUUUCCCUAUCUUCACAAGUAGUGCAAACGAUGCAUCAAUAUCAUCACGGGAUGUAAAACCAGAAGAUAUUUGAAUCCGAGACCAUUACAGUAACACAGCUUUGAAAUCUGAUUGCAGAUCUAACUAGACCCAAUAAAUAUAUGUAUGACUGAACCUUUAACCUGGUUAAAGUUAUCCCUUCAAGAAUUUUAUGCAAGAUGGCAUUACACCAUUCAGGUCAAUUGUUUAGUUUAUACUGCUUGAAAGCACCUAAUUCUAGAGAUCCCUUUCUGCACUUAGCUUAUGACAACAAAUUCAAAUUGGAAAAAGAAAUCCUUUAUUUAUUAGUAAAGCACUUAAAAUAGUCUUCAGUUACCCCAAAAUGGAACCCCGGGUUAAAAGAAAAGGAAAAUGUGAAAUUUUCAUAGGCUUUUUAUUAUUUUAAGAAUUCAUGGGUGAAAUCAAAAGGAAGGGCUGAUUGAUUAUCUUCUUAAAAAAAGUUGCAGAGCAAAUGACAGCUUUAAGAACUUUAAGAUUUUCCUUGAAAGUCUGUUACCAUCUCAAAUCCUGGUUGCCCUAAUCUAAUCCUGCUACAUCAUGAAAGUAUGACCCUCUGUGCCAAUGUUCCAGUGCACUCAGUACCACAGAGAUUAGCUGUUCAAUGCCGUAAAUAUGAUAUGGUGGCUUAUAAGGAAGAAAAUAAGACUAACUAGGCAACUUGGUUUUUUACAAGAAGUUGGGGUUCCCACAAAUUAGUUUAACUAAUGGACUUAAUAUUCUGCAUGUGUAACAGAAAAGUGCUGCAUGAACCGAUAUUUGGAUAGGGCUGGAUGAAACAAUUUGGAGAAGUUUUAGGUGUGAAUGAUGCUUUUCUUGUGUGCAUUGAAACCCUACAUUUGAAGUACAGGGAUAAAAUUCAUGAAACAUAAGCAUGCAUAUCUGGAAAAUUUAAAAAAAAAAAUCUCUUGCCCCUUUUCUCUACUGUGCUCAAAUGUCUUUGUAGACCUGAAGGUGCACUUGAUAAAUGCCUGUUAUUACAAUAAAAGUAAUAUUUUUU